AUGCGUGUUACUACUACCUUUGGCUCUCUAAUCUUGGGCGCGGGCCUCUGCGCCGCUCGCGCUUGCGCCCCUCAUCCUCGGCCGACAACGACAUCGUCAUUCAGCAGCGAAAUUGGCACUACAACGGCUGGAGGCGCCGCCACAACGACUACUUCUCAAGAGGCUCUAAGUAUUACCGACUCGACGUCAAGCAUUGAGUCCUCGGUCACUGUGGAGACUUCUACAGCCGACUCCGCCACUACAGAGCAUGAAACAACUACUUCCAGCUUGACUUCCCAAGAGGCCUCGAGUGUUACUGAGUCUCAGACCAGCGUUGAAUCUUCUGCCACCACGACCGAUGGCAUUAGCUCUUUUACUACCAUGCUCACAACCACGACUGCUGUCACUUCGCAAGAGACCGAGACCUCUACAACCGUCGACGAAGCCACGAGCACUACAGCCGAAGCCACUACGACUACAGCUGGUCCUCCCGUGAUUACUAACCUCGCCGUGAAUGGUGGUUUCGAAGACGAGACCAUCGAUCCUUGGGUUGUAGAAGGAGCCUCUCCGGCAGUCUACCGUAGCCAGUUUUGGUGCGCCGAGGGCAGCAAGUGUCUGCAAUUGCCUGGAAACUUUGCCAAUUCCGCCAAGGUUUGCCAGAGCGUCGCAGUCGAGGCGGGCUUUGAGUAUACUUUCAAAGCGCAGGUCCUCCAGAACUGCAUCAAAGAGUAUGGCUCAAACAUACUGGUCUGCGAUGACAACAUCAAUACCACUGAACUGUCCAUUGAUGGGGUAUAUGACUCCGGUAAUCAUGGCAUUGUUGGGUAUAAUACCUACAACGACUUUUCUUACACCUUCUCAUAUACCGGCCCGAGCAUUGACUCUACUGAUCUUUGCAUCACGAUCACGCAGAACCAAGGCCUCGGCCCUGUCUUUUACCUCGACGGCGUUUCUUUCACGCGUGGACAGGCUGUGCCUAUUCCUGACCCUACGGAGUAA